GAUCACGCCAUCUGCAUCGGCAGUAACUAAACCAUCACCUUAUUACUCAGCACCAACAAUGACAUCCGUCCAUUUCCCCUCACUUCCCCUCACCACUUCAUCACCAACCUCGCCGACACCAUCACCAUCACAAUGACCGACCUCACCUCCGUUCCCAUCAUCGACUUCCAGCGUCUCAAAGACCCAGAAACCAAAGCAGAGACUCUCGCCCAGCUCCGCGACGCCAUCUUCCUCGUAGGCUUCCUGUAUCUCACGAACCAUGGAUUGGAAUCCCUCACCAAACGCGCCCACGCUACCCUUCUAGACCUCUUCUCCCUCUCAUCCGAAACCAAAGAGCAAGUCAACAUGAUCAACUCGCCCUCCUUCCUAGGCUACACGCGUCUCGGGGCCGAAACCACCGCACUCAAAACCGAUAUGCGAGAACAAUUCGACUUCGGCACCCCCAACCUCCCCCCUUCCAACCCUCAAACAGCACCAAUCUGGUCCCGUCUCGAAGGCCAAAACCAAUACCCUACACCAGCCACGCAAUCCCUCGUAGAAGAAUACAUGACUUCUUUCAUCCCAUUAAGCAACACCUUUCUCCAAUACGUCGCCGAAUCCCUCUCUCUUCCGCCGACCACGUUCGACACGUACAGAGGCACCAUGGACAGACUCAAGUUCAUCAAAUACCCGCCUCAACCCUCCUCUGGGGAAGACAAAUCCCAAGGCGUAGGGCCACAUAAAGACUCCACUGGUUUAUUCACCUUCCUAUCCCAAGAUGCGACUGGUGGAUUACAAGUCAUUAAUAAACGCGGUGACUGGAUCGAUGUCCCCCCGCUUCAGGAUGAGGGGGCACUAGUGGUGAAUAUUCAGCAGGGGUUUGAGGCUAUCACGGGGGGUGUUUGUAGUGCGACGGUGCAUAGGGUUGUUGCACCGAAAAACACAACGCGAUACAGUAUCCCGUUUUUCAUGGGGAUACGGAUGGACUUGACGUUGUCGAAUCUGCGUGAUUCGGCGAGACAUAUUGUUGAGAAGGUUCCUGUCGGGGAGUGGUCCGAUGAGGAUGAGAUGAAGAGAAGGGCCGAGGACGUGCCGAGUGAGUUUCUUUCGGACAGGUUCGAUUGUUUCGGCGAAGCCUACCUCCGCAAUCGAAUCAUCAGUCACCCUGACGUUGGGAAGAAAUGGUAUCCGGAGCUGUAUGAGCGGUACUCGAAUGAUCCUUUUUAUUUGCAUUAACCCUUUCUCUUAUAUAUAUUAUUGUCUUAAUCAUGAAUGUAAGCACACCACACUAUGUAAGUUACAGCUUAGCCGCCGCGGGGGGCAGAAUGUUAUACUUAACCGCCUUGACUGUCGUCCAUCCCUCCAAUGCCUCUUCUCCCAUGUCACGCCCAAAUCCACUCUCUUUCACUCCUCCGAACGGCAUAUUCG